AAGAACUGAUUCAAGCGACAUAUCAAAGAGGGCGCUUAUGAUAAAUUCAUGCCACUUGUCAUUCGAUUCAAUGACAUAGUGUACACACGAAGAAAAAAAUAGAGAAUCUAGAAUUAGAAAGAAGCAUUAAUAGCUUUUUUGUUGCAAUACGACGGAAAUUUUCUAGUUUAGACAAGAUACGACCAAUAAUUCCCGAAAUAGUGAUACGCAUACGAUGAAUAAAAUGUUUUUAACAAAGAAUACUUAACAUAACCUAUAAAUGAGACGAUCGUUAAAAGUCACUUAGGAAACGUUAAAAAUCACUCAGAGGAUUCCACAAUGUGUUCUAUCCAUGAUCAAGCGUUUUUGCAAAUUUUACAAGAAGAGAGAGAUAUUACAAACUUUUUAGAUGCAUUUUUCGGAUUUUUGUACAGAUGUACAGAUUUUUAUGUUGAAUCCGGGCCAGACCCAAAACUUGGAUUUCCAGCUGGUACGAUAGAAAAUCUUGUUUUAUAUAGUUUUCAAAAAUGGAAGAAUAUCUCCAAAUUUCCCAGUGGAACAGAUCCUCCGAUCACGCAGGAUAUUGUUGUCCAAAAUAGCGAUAAAGAACAGGAUGAAUCGAUGACAAUAGAAGAGGAUACCGUUAUUCCACAAGUUGACCAUGAAGUAGAAAUUGAAACGUACAGAGAAAACGUAAAUCAACUUGGUUAUUUAAUUCAAAGAGAUAGGUCAUCUGAUAGUUACAAUGGUGCAGUGAGGGAAAAUUAUACGUGGUCGCAAACUAUUAGUGAUAUAGAUGUGCUGGUAAAGCUACCUAGUUGCAUAAAAACAGCAAAAGACUUGAGAGUUCAUAUUGAUUCAAAAGAAAUUAAAAUAGAAGCAAGGACAUCGAGAGUUGAACAAAAUCAGGAAGUAGAGGAAUGUCGGUAUUUUGUAUGGACUACAAUUUUUAAGGGGAAAUUGUGCUUUAAAGUUCGAAAAGACGAGUCAGUAUGGAGCAUAGUGCCUGAACAACAUAUUAAUAUUCAUCUUGAAAAAGCUUCAGAAAGAUGGUGGGAAGCAUUGAUCGUCGGUGAACCAAAAAUUGAUUUAGCUAAAAUAGACUGUUCAAGGAAUUUGGAUGAAAUGGGAGCAGAGGAACAAAUGAAAGUACAAGAAUUAAUGUGGAACCAUCAACAGAAGCUUUUGGGUAAACCAACCAGCGAACAGAUUAAAAUGGAAAAGAUACUGAAGAAAGCGUGGGAGGCAAAAGGAUCUCCAUUCGAGGGCACACCAUAUGACCCUUCAUUAAUAAAUUUCAAUUAAUACA